UAACAGGGUGAGACCGUCAGAGAAAAGAGGGAAGAGUUCUGGUGAUCGAGGAGAUCAACAAACAUAAACACAAAGCUCAUUUUGUUUUUGUCUGAUUCUUUCUCGUCGGACCGUGCUCUUUUAAUGAUCCUUCUCUCUCUCUCUCUAUAUAAAUAAAUACAUCAAAAACUGAUUUUUCCAAUCUCUCCGUCUGUAAGGUUGGAUAGAAAGACACUGAGUGGCAGAGUUAAUAGCUGCAAAAAGUCUCUCUGUUUCUCCGCUGCUUCUGGAUAAAAAAGAUGAUGUUGUUGGAAUCAAUACUGGAAAAAGGUUGUUGCUUUCGUUUGGACUUGCCGUUGUUUAUCCUCAAUAUAGCUCUGGCCGUUUUCAAUGGCGUUCUUGCUGCGAUUGCGUUUUCUCAGCUGGUCAGGAUUCACUUGCGCAAUCAACAAAUUGGAUGGACACGCCAAAAAGUACUCCACCUCAUGAUUGGCUGUUCUAACUUGGGUUACUUCCUAUAUUUUACAUCUACACUGAUUGCCACUUUUGAGCAGUGGUUUUGCUGGUCUAAUGUCUGCGGGUUCAUUCUAAUGGCCUACCCUAAAAUUCUGUUGCUUGCAGCUUUUCUUCUAGUCCUAUCCUUUUGGGUGGACCUUUGCCAUCAGGCAAAUGAUGAAGAGGAUGAUGAUGAUGAUGAUGACAGUAGCAUGCAGCAUGCCUUGUUGGAAAAUUCGAAGAAUAAACACCGUUCAUCAGUCACAAAUGGUCAUAGGAUUUGUUGCUCAUUCCCAAGCAUUCAUGUUGGAAGUCACCAGAAAUUUGUGAUUGCAGUUGUUGGGUUUGUCCUUAUUUUGAUGAUGUCAUUUUCUGUGGUAAUCUGGAUUGGUGCGGGGAAGAAUCCCAUUGAUUCUUCAGCAGCGGCUGAGGUAUAUGAAGACCUUCUCGCCUUUGUAGUUCUUUUUUUAGGAGGAGGAUUAGGUUGCUAUGGCAUUCUGCUACUUCGUAAGUUAAGGAAAGUACGGUCUGAGAAAGCUUCAUCUGAAAUGUGGAAGGUUGGCGGUUUAGCAGUUGCUUCUGUUGUAUGUUUUACAUCAAGUGCAUUAGUAGCUCUUCUUACAGAUAUUCCGCUAUAUGAACCUUGGAGGCUGAAAAAAGCAUAUGGCGGGAAAGCGCUAGUUUUUCUGAUGCUGUACUAUUUUAUAGGCUCUUGGGUACCCUCAGCUUUUGUAUUAUGGUUCAUGAGAGAAUUACCGCCACCAAUCACUAAUCGCCAACGGGAACAAUCAAGAACAAUUACUUUUAUCAGCUAUGCUGGAGUGGGCCGACAGCAUCCUCGUCACUGGGCUACAGUAACAAGUUCAAAUAAUCAGGCAUCGCGAGCAAGUCCCAUUUAAGAACAACUUGUAGAGCUCUCAACAUUAUCUCGUCUUUGAAGAAGAGAUUUUGAGAAUGCUGAUGCAGAAACACAAAUGAUUCUAGACUUACGCACUGCAGACGAAGUUCAAGUGAAGCUGGAGGCUUACCUGUUAUCCUGUACUACCAUUACUACUGCCGAUAUGUGGAUGGUACUGACUUUUGCGUUUGGUUCAUGUACAGAGUUAUAUUGCAGGACUGCUAGAGGCGCAUUCUGCAAUCAAUGCUUCCAUCAUGUUGAACAAUCAUCCUUUGAUUGUUCAGCAAAAGAUAAUCAUCCUCUGAAUCAUAUUAUAUACACUCAGUUUACAUGUAAAUGCCUCUCUUGCGGAUGUUUUGAAUAAUGUAUCCAUGACGAGAGGGUAUAUUAUUGGUACAUAAACCCGGAAGUAAUAAAAGAAUGCAAAUUUUGUUGCAGUGGAUUUUGAUGUAAGCAGAUAAUUCUGUAAUGUAAUGUAUUGUAAUGCUUUAAUCAAUUAUUGACAAGCAGUUCUCUUUUUCA